AUGGCAGCAGUUAGAAAUUUACAUGUAGACACAGAAAAGCGAAUAUUUUCCUUUCAGAGCGUCACACUACCAUCCUACACAAUUCCGCCCAUUCCCUUCUCAUGCCCUGAAGAAGAGACCCCAGCUAAUAUUGGGCCCUACGAAGUGCCUACACAAAGAGACUUAGUUCUACAUAUACGGAACCAUCUCUUAGCCAUGUACCGUGGCUUCCAUGCUAAGGCUAUGUAUUUCCUUAAGGAUGUUAAAGAGGCAACCCGAGCAUCCUGGUCGCGCAAGAUGCUCUGCCGCGGUCCCACCGAGCUGAUGCACUACCGGCGUUGUGUGCGCUGGGUCGGAGACCUGAGCGUGCUCACCACCAAGAGCCUGGUCACCGCCUUGGAGACCGCACGGCAUCACAUCAGCACCCUCAUGCAAGGAAAAAUCUGCAAUAUUUCGGCCCUGAGCAUCGACCCGAUCCACCUGAUUAGGAUUCUAGCCGCGGAGAAGGUCUCCCUGGAAUUUGCCCUGCCCGACUUUCUCAGGCAACUCGACGCUUGCACAAGGCAUUGUCCGGGUACCCGAUUGAAGCUUCCGAAUGGAUAUCCAAGCAAUGCGCAGUUAACAGAUCAAAACUUUGUAAUAAGACAUUAUUUAACACAAAAGAAUUUUAAUGAACAACUCAAACAACAAUAUAAAAUUUAAAUGGAUUUAAAAUGAACACGUCCGUUUUGAACGCACCUAUAACUAUGAAUCGAGCUUUCACAGAUAGUACGCAUACCGCAAACUAGAUGGCGCCACUAUGUAUGAACUUUUGACGUGAACUUGACUGAAAGUUUUUAGAAUAAUUAACCAAAAUACUUAGCUAAGCUUUUAGCGGAAUGUGCAUAGUGAUCGUGGGAUGUGAACAAAAACUAUAAUUAAAUUAUAAUACAAUGCAUGAGAAGUGUU